AUCACUCAUAAGGUCAGCUUUUACCCAAUAAAAAAGUUUGAAAAAAAUGAAAUCCAAACAAAACAUCUCUCUAUAGUCUUUUGCUAUUACUUUUCUUCUUCAUCUGCCACAAAUCCAAACCCAUCAAACGGUUUGAAAGCUCUCUCUGUCACCAUGGAAGAAGACUACAGCAGAUCAAGGUCUUCGUACGGCGGCGGAGGGAAUAAUAUGCAGGUGGUAAACUACUAUGGUCGCCCAACGAGGCCGCCACCCACCACUUCCUCCUAUGAGCUGAGGAGCUACAGUGCUUCAUAUGCACAAACCCAGAUGGCUAAUCAUAAUUAUAACUACAACAACAGGGAGCUGAAAAAAGGGAAAAGCAUUUCUGGGUCGUCUUCCAGUUGGGGGAUCCUGGCUGAUCCGGAGUUGCAGAGGAAGAAGAGGGUUGCGAGCUACAAGAUGUAUUCUGUGGAGGGGAAGAUGAAGGGCUCGUUCAGGAAAAGCUUCAGGUGGCUUAAAGAUAAGUACACCCAAGUGCUUUAUGGCUGGUGGUGAUUAAUAAGUGCUUUUUUUUGUGGGUAAUAUUUAGCUUUUGUUCUAUUUCUAAGUCUUGAAUUGAGUUUAUGGUUGUGAUCGUAUAAAAAAAAAACAUGAUUUGGGUUUGGUGCAAGUUAAUAUACGGGACUGAAUCGUAAAUUGGAUGGUCUUGUUUCUGGUUUUGAAUCAAUUUGUCACCUUUUAUAAAUAUCCGUACUGUUCUCGUUAAAAGUUAAACGCUUUGAGGUACGCUGAGCGUACUUUGUGGACUACUUGUUUGGAGAUAUUGAUAUUUAUCACCUUCAAAUUGGUUCAGGAGUUUGAUUCUC